AUGAAAUUGAUUUUUGUAUUUGUUUUGGGCGUGGUAUGGGUAUAUGCUUAUCCUGAUGGGUAUUCAAGAGGCGGGGAAGGUGGCGGUGGGGGCAAUGGGGGUGGCGGUGGCGGUGGCGGUAAAGGUGGUGGUGGUGGCGGAGGAUCUCCGGGUGGUGGUUAUCUACCACCCGGUAACGGUGGCAACGGUAAUGGCGGUGGCACAGGCGGAGGCAAACCAGGAGGAGGUGGCGGUGGACGGGGUGGAGGUGGUGGUAAACCUAGUAAUGGCGGCCCAAGACCGCCUAACAAUGUAUAUGGUCCACCUGGGGGUGGUACUGGAGGCGGUGGCGGUACAGGUGGUACAGGUGGUGGUGGUGGCGGUGGUCCUGGUGGCGACGGUGGUUCUGGCGGUUUCGGUGGUGAUGGAGGUGGUGGUGCCCCAGGUGCAGGUUCCGAUAUAGAAAUUAUUACAUUUGAGACAAAAAUCAACGUCGAUGGUUCUUAUAAUUAUGUAUAUGAAACUGGUAACGGUAUAAAUGCGGAUGAAAUGGGUUAUGUUAAAAAUCCAGGCUCAGAGGGUCAAGAAGCUCUCGUAUCUGAAGGGUCAUUUUCAUUUACAAGCCCGGAAGGUGACGAUUUCACUGUCACGUAUAUAGCCGACGAGUUUGGUUUUCAACCGCAAGGCGAUCACUUACCAACACCACCACCAAUACCCCAGGAGAUACAAGACGCUUUAGAUAAGCUAGCUGCUGAAGGUGGACAUCCAGGAGAUAGUGGUGAUGGAGGAGGUGGUGGUGGCGGUGGUGGUGGUGGUGGAGGUGGCGGAAAUGGCGGCGGUAAUGGCGGUGAUGGAGGAGGUAAUGGUGGUUAUGUUUAUUAGAAGUGUAAAGGUAAAUAUACAUGCUUAUAUACAUAUAUAUGUAUAUAUAUAUACAUAUAUAUAUAUAAGCAUUUAAAAUAAAAUCCAAUAUUCCUUGAAACUAUAUUUAUAAAAAUUUGAUUAACAUGAGAAGCUUAGCAUAAACAUCAACAUAAAUAGGAAAUCAAUCGAAUUUUCCUCAAUAUUUUAAAUUUACAAAUUAUUUUAUUCAAUAAUGUGUAAGUAA